AUGGAUAUCCCAUUAUCCCAUGUCAAGCCAGUCUACACCUCUUCGUCUCACCAGGAAGAAGACCUGUCGAUUCAGUCUCUACUCAGCCACCUCGACCUCCACCCCCACCCUGAGGGCGGUUAUUUUGCAGAAACACAUCGAAAUCCACUGCAAAUUCCAAAUCCAUUCCAGCAGGGUUCACAGGGUGAUUCUCAAGACGACGAAACUCGCUCAGCUAGCACGGCGAUAUAUUACUUACUCACCCCACGCUUUCCGGUAGGCGUUUUCCACCGCAACCAGGCCCAGACGAUACAUACCUUGCAUCGGGGGCGGGGGCGGUACGUUGUCAUUCACAGCAAUCCCAACUCGCAAGAUAGGACAGCCAAGGCAGACAUCGAAACGUUUGUCGUCGGCCCGAAUCUGGAACGUGGGGAGCGUAUGCAAUGGGUUGUGCCCGGGGGCAUGUAUAAGGCUAGCUUUUUGUUGCCUGACUCCCCGGCUUCUGAUGAUCGGCUGACGAAUAUAGAUGGAUCCUCAGAAGACUCAACAGGUCUCUUGAUAAGCGAGGUUCAGAUCGUUGUGCCCGGGUUUGAGUACACAGACAACGACUUCCUCCACAAGGACCAGAUGGACGAUUUGCUUUCCCCGGAGCAAAUCCGUGAGCUAGCUUGGCUGGUCAAGUAG